UUCCAGAAGGCAAAACCCCCAAAUCCAUCCUCGCCUCUCCGCUGGACGAUCAAACGAACUCCCGAAAAUCCCACACAAAAGAAGCGAAAAUUAAAACGACAUGAACCCCCUCAAGAACUCGCGCUCCGCCCUCUCCCGUCUCCUCCGCCACAAGCCCGCCGCCGUCCGGCCGCAGCCCCCGCCCCCGCCCCCGCCGGUGGUGCGGGAAACGGCCGCUCGGCACUACCACGCCGCCCCGCGCCGCCCAGGGUUCAUUCAGUCCUUCAGCCGAGGGCCCCUCCGCCACGAGCCCGCCGCCCUCUUCCGGCCGCCGCCGGCGCAGGCGCAGGUGCCUCCUCCCCGGCACUACUUCACCUCCUCCCGCCGCCCGGAGGUCAUCCACUUCGCGCGCCGCCGCGGCGGGGCGCGGUGGUACCACGACAGGCGGAAGGUCGCCGCGGUGGUCCUCCUCGCCGGCGGCGGGACCAUCGUCGUCUACUUCGGCAACCUCGAGACCGUGCCCUACACCAACCGCACCCACUUCGUCCUCGUCUCGCCCCAGCUCGAGCGCCAGCUCGGCGAGUCCCAGUUCGCCGAUCUCAAGAAGGAGCUCGCCCCCAAGAUCCUGCCCCCGCUCCACCCCGACAGCGUCCGCGUCCGCCUCAUCGCCUCCGAGAUCGUCCGCGCGCUCCACCGCGGCCUCGCCGACCGCCGCAGUGACGACUUCGAUGACGCCUCCUACGGCGACAUCUCCACCGACAUCGCCGUCAAGGCCCGCGACUUGGAUGCCGAGGACGUGAUGCACCGGGUCUCGCCUGGCAAGACCGCGGGCACGGCCGCGAGGGCUCAGCGAGACGACGAGCUUCUCGAUGACAGGUGGGUCGCCGAGAGCCGUAGACGGGGGAAGGCACGCGGAGCGCAGCCACAGACGAAGCACCUCAAUGAGCUCAAUUGGGAGGUGAUCGUCGUCAGAGAUAAGCUCAUCAAUGCAAUGUGCUUGCCCGGUGGUAAAAUUGUAGUCUUCACUGGAUUGCUCGACCAUUUCAAGACGGAUGCUGAGAUUGCGACAGUGCUUUCGCAUGAGAUUGGGCACGCUAUCGCGAGGCACUUGCCAGAGAUGAUCACCAAGGGCAUGUGGUUUACUAUCCUGCAGCUUAUCGUCCUACAGUUUAUUUACAUGCCAGACUUAAUUAAUGCAAUGUCGACUUUACUCCUCAGACUGCCCUUCUCACGAAGGAUGGAGGUAGAGGCAGAUCACAUCGGGCUCAUGCUUCAAGCUUCUGCUGGUUUCGACCCACGCACAGCUCCCAAGGUCUACGAGAAGCUAGGACAAAUCGCGGGCAAUCAGUCAGUACUGAAAAGCUACCUCUCUACUCAUCCUUCGAGUAAGAAGCGGUCCGAGCUCUUGUCUCGAGCCAAGGUAAUGGAGGAGGCGAUGCAGCUAUACAGGGAAGCUUGCGCCGGCCACGGGACCGAAGGUUUCCUGUAGGUUGCAGCUUCGAACCCUCCUGCCUGCGGCUGCUUGGUAAGUCGUUUGGUGGCGCGGUGCCUGGCACGGGAACAUGCCCUUUGUUACCUGCACGGUGAAGGCCAGUGAGAAGAGUGUAUUCUGUGUUUGAAGAUGUUCGUUCUGUGCCUUGUUAUUGUCUGUUCGUGUGAAUCAGUCACAUUUUCGUAGCAGAAUGUGAUCGAGCUGCUUCAUUUGUGAUUAGGAGCGAAAAAGGAAUAGGAGAAGAGUUUCUGUUAA